GAUGUUUUAUUCACUAAGGUGUUUUAUUUAACAACUCAAUGAUGAUUCUGGAGAUGCAUAUCCAGAAACGUCAAGCGGGAAAUUGAAUAAAACACCACCUUGCAUGUUCUUCUCCCUCAUGAUCAAAGGGAAUUUCACCUUCAAAACCCUUCAAAAAAAAAUCUUCCAUUCUCAAUCAACUUUUCAAAACCAAAACAUCAUUCUUGUAUUUUAUCACAUCAAAGAGAGCAAAAGAAAUUAAAAUUUAAGAUAUGGUGCAUCCGGAUAUGUUUGCCAAAACUACUGUGAGGAUGAAUGUUAAACCGAGCGGAGUGAAAGAUGAUGUUAAAUUGGAUGAAGUGAAGGAUGAUGUUAAACCACGUGAUAUUAAACCAGGUGUUAGACCGGUUGUUGUCAAGGUAGAUGUUUGUGAAAAAUUUAUAAAUAAACAAGAGGUUACUAUUCGUGAAAAUAUGCUACAAUGGGUGUGCAUGGAGGUUGAGAAAUUGGGGUCUGGAGGUGUAACCGGAAGGUAUAACAAUGGUUCUAAUAGAAUAAAAUCAUAUGUAAGAAUGAGAUGUGUAAGAAAUGGCACGUACCAACCACCUAAUAUGAAGUUGAAACAUGAUGACACCGAAUCAAGAAAAUGUGAGUGUCGGUUUAAAUUGUGUGGAUACCAUAAGGAAAAUCAUACACGGAAAUUUAAUAUGGUUUUUGGUAUACAUAAUCAUUCUUUGAAUGACAAGCUAGUAGGUUAUCCCAUUGUAUGUCGCCUUAUUCCAGAGGAGAAUAAAGUUGUUUCAAACAUGACAUUAAACACGCCGACGCCGAAAAUCAUACUUGCAACUUUGAAAUGGAAAAGACCUCACAAUGUUUCAAAUAUUAAACAAGUAUACAAUGUGCGUGCCCAAAAUAACUUGGCGGUAAGAGGUCCAAGAUCUGAAAUGAAACAACUAUUGAAGCUUUUAGAGGAUGACCAUUAUGUUUAUAGGUUCAGAGUUUUGAGGAUAAAGUCACAGUUUGAGAUAUACUUUUAUUAAUUCCAAUUCCAUCAAGUUGUUCAUCACAUUUUCCACUAUACUCAUAAUUGAUUCAACAUACAAAACAAACAAGCAUAUACUUCCACUCUUGGAAAUUGUUGGUGUUAAUUCUAUAUAGAUGACUUUUUCAGUCAUUUUGCAUUUUGAGAAUCCAAAAAAGAGGACAAUGUUACAUGGGAUUUAGAAAUGUGCAAGAUUAUGUUGAAGGACAAAAAAAACAUACCAAAUGUAAUUGUCAUUGAUUGUGACACCGCACUGAUGAAUUGGCUUGCAAUAGUAUUUCCUACAUUUUAUGCAUUGCUUUGUAAGUAUCCCAUAACCAAAAAUGUGAGAAGUCGACUAAAACUUGUGGUAGGCACCAAACAAAUCAAAGGUGAAGAUGGAAAAAUGGUCAAACCUUGUGUGAUGUUGGAAAAGAUAAUGGAUGUAUGGAACAGAAUAAUAAAUUAUUCCACGAAAACGUUAUAUGACGAAUCUUUUGGUCAGACCAUUAAUGUGUUAGGUCACUGAUUCAAAGAAAAUAUCCUUUAUUCACAGUUGGUUGAAGACAUAUCUCAGGAAAAAUUAAAUUUUAUUUUUCAAGAAGCUAAGAUAAUAGAUAAAAAGGUUCAGAUAACUUAAAGUAUGAUUGUACACUUAGGAAAAUGUACGGUCUUCCAUUAAUCUCUUUAAUUUCAAAGAAGAUGAAGCUU